AUGUCUGGUUCUGAAGCUGACGCUAAGGCUGCAUCUGCUGAGAAGAAGGAGCCGGUGACGGCUGAAGCCGCUGGUGGCGAUGCUGCUGAAGAGAGCCGCGACUCAGCAGCUUCUUUGGAUAACGACGAGAAGUCGUAUUCCGGUUCUGAUGAGAAGAAUGGCGAAAGCGAGGACGGUGGUGAGGACGACGAAGGUGGCAAUGAAGAAGAUGAGGGUGCGGAAGGCGCCGAAGAGAAUGGCAAAGGAAGCGAAAAUGGCCAUGUAGAAUCCACCGAUACCAACGGCAAUGACCGUAAGCGGGUCUCUGGUGUGGGUGCAGAUGCCCCGGAUGACGACGCUCCCGCAUUGAAGAAGAAGAAAGCCGAAGGAGAGGAGGUUGCUGCCGGAGACGCACCCGCCGCCGGAUCUGUGGCAGCUGAAUGA